AGUUGACGCGCAACCCCUGAGUAAAACGCAACUCAAGCCUGAGGCCCCAAAGCCGGCGUUUAAUUAAUCAAAAUAAAUAAAACGCAGCGCAUUCAAUUAAACCGCGCAUAUGCAACGCGUCUUCAAUAGGCGGCAACAAGUGCGACGAGUUGUGUUUAACAAAUAAACAAGAAUUUAAACGAAAUUGAAUUAAAAAGAAUAUCGAACAAAAAUAUAUAGAAUAAAAUCAAUCGUUUCUAGUAAAAGCCUGCGAAAAGGGCACGUUGCGCAUACGCCGCGUGGGCGUUGAAUACAAUUUUUUAUAUGCUUGCCACUUGAAACAAUUUGGCCUUGUCGUGUUGAUAUUUACUGUGAUUUCAGGCAACUUUAGCGAAUUGUUUUUUUUCUAUUGGUUGUCGGUGUGCGUGUGUCCAUAUAGCUAAUAUUUGUGGGCUGUGCAGCAAAUUGCCCAGCAGCAACGAAUCAUAUUGUGCUACAUUUUGUGGUGGUGCGCUAACACAGACCGACAUGUCAUUCGAUAUUGCCAUCGCCGAUCAGAUGCGCAUUGCAUUAAACUAUGUCAAGUUCAAGACAAAGCAGCAGCGUUUGCGGAGCAAUGAUAAGGUUAUUGCGGAUACGAUUUACGGCAAGGUUAAGGGGGUGAAGUGGCGUUCGAUCUAUGGCAACAACUACUACAGCUUCGAGGGUAUACCCUUUGCUAAGCCGCCUGUGGGGGAGUUGCGCUUCAAGGCGCCUGUAGAGCCGGAUCGCUGGACGGAGGUGAAGCGUUGCACACGAGAGCGCACAAAGCCCUGCCAGGUGAAUCUGGUGCUGAAGCAAGUGCAAGGCAGCGAGGAUUGCCUGUACCUGAAUGUAUAUACCAGAGAGCUGCAUCCACAAAAGCCGCUGCCCGUGCUCGUUUGGAUCUAUGGCGGCGGCUUUCAAAUGGGCGAAGCCUCGCGUGAUCUCUACAGUCCCGAUUACUUUAUGAUGGAGCAUGUGGUACUAGUGACCAUUGCCUAUCGCCUGGGCGUGCUGGGCUUUCUUACCCUCGACGACGAGCAGCUGGAUGUGCCCGGCAAUGCGGGCCUCAAGGAUCAGGUGAUGGCUUUGCGCUGGGUCAAGCGCAAUUGUCACUUCUUUGGCGGAGAUCCGGAUAAUAUAACCGUCUUUGGCGAGAGCGCUGGCGGCGCAUCCACGCAUUACAUGAUGCUGACAGAGCAGACGCGGAAUCUCUUUCACAAGGCUGUGCUUAUGUCAGGCUCAGCGUUGUCGCCCUGGUCUAUAACUCCCAAACAUAACUGGGCAUGUCGCCUGGCUCAGGCUACAGGCUUUACGGGUGAGCCGAAUGACCGGGAGAUACUCAACCAUUUGCGACAUUGCAAGGCGAGCAGCAUGCUGCGCAUGGCCGAGGAUAUUAUCACCAUGGAAGAGCGGCAUCAGCGUAAGGUGAUGUUCUCCUUUGCGCCCACAGUAGAGCCAUAUGAGUCGGAGCAUUGUGUGAUACCCAAACCGCCGCUAGAGAUGAUGCGCAACUGCUGGGGCAACGAUAUACCACUCGUGGUGGGUGGCAACUCCUUUGAGGGGCUCCUCGUCUUUCCCGAGGUGCGCAAAUGGCCGGAGCUGCUGUGCGAGCUCGGCGACUGUGAGUAUCUGUCACCCGAGGAUGCCGGCCUAGAUGCUGAUCAGAGACGCGCCUUUGGCAAGCAGCUUAAGUCCACGUAUUUUGGAGACAAACAGCCCAGUCAGAAGACAAUACUCGAAUACAGUGAUCUCUGCUCGUAUAAAUAUUUCUGGCAUGGGAUACAUCGGACGCUGCUGUCGAGGAGCCUGCACGCGCCCAGGGCGCCUACAUAUCUGUAUCGGUUCGAUUUCGACUCGAAGCAUUUCAACAUAAUGCGAAUUAUUACUUGUGGCCGCAAGGUGCGCGGCACGUGCCACGCGGAUGAUUUAUCCUAUUUGUUUUACAAUGCGGCAGCCAAAAAGCUGAAGCGCCGCACGGCCGAGUUUAAGACGAUUAGGCGUCUGGUGUCCAUGCUGGUGCAGUUCGCCGCCACCGGCGAUCCCAGCAUACCCCUCGUCACGCACGAGGAACCCCAUGGGGAGACGGUGCAAGUGCAGGCACUGUCGCAGCCGCAGUCACAGUCACAGGUCUGGCUUCCUAUAUCCCGGCAGGAUGCGGUAUUCAAGUGUUUGAAUAUUUCACAUGAUGUGCAAGUGAUUGAUUUGCCCGAGGCCGACAAGCUGCGGCUCUGGGACAGCAUGUACGCCGACAAGCAACUAUUGUACUAGACAUAUGGCUGCAGCCAUCCCCUGCAUCCUCUGCACCCCCUGUAGCACUGUUAUUCACCUAUAUAGCUUUAAGCUAUGGCCCUCAGUUUGGCCCCAAAUGCACAGCCACAAGGCAAAUCUGCGCUGGCAUCAAAUGUACAUGUGUAAAUAGAGGUUUUUUUCGUGUUUUAUAGCUAGGCUAUUAAAAAUAAAUAAAAACACAUGCACAUACACAUACAAACACAAACGUGAGUGUGUAAAUAUUGAGCAUAUUUUUUAGAAAAUCCUUUGGCUAUUUAUAUUUUGAUUGAAUUAAUAUUAAAUGUGAACAUAGUGUAAACAUAAGUCGAUUAAAUAUAAAAGAAUAAAAAUCAA